GCGAGGCUCGGCAGCCGUCCCUGCUGUGCGGUGGCCUCCCGCCUCGCUUAGGCUUCUCUGCUGCCGCAGGCGUCGCGCACACCCCUGUUGCCCCAGACGGGCCGGGGAGCGGAGGCGGUCGCACCCUUCCUUCUGCCCUCCUAGGAAAUCUCUACACCUCCUCUCCGACUCUUCAGGGAAACUCCCUCACCACCUUCCCCGGCACCAGGAAGCCCUGAAACCCUGAAUUCCAUUUUCAGGGCCCGCUAUCCGGGCCCGUGACCUUUCUUUUUUUAUCUACUCCGAGGUAACUCGGUCGGAUCCCUCCAUCUCCAUUUCUUUCACGUUCCUUUCGCGUCCUGGUCGGGGUAUCUCCCUCCUCCGAGAGGGGAGCAUGGGAGCAGCAAGCGUCCCGGCGCCUCGGGAGGCGCAGACUGGAAGACAAGCCCCCCUCCCUCAUUCCUCAGCUUCUGUGUAAUCAGCUGCCCUUCUGGAAACUGGGCAGGGCUUGUGGCUGGAUGCCGGUGUCCCUGACUUGUCUUCAGCAUACCGUGCAGAAGUAACAUGUUCUCAGCAUUGGAAACAGAGCUAACGCAGGAGACUCUUCCUGAUCCCUAUGAAGACUUUAUGUACCAUCAUCUUCAAUACUAUGGCUAUUUUAAAGCUCAGAGAGGCAGUUUACCAAACUCAGCCACGCACCAGCAUGUUUGGAAGAAUAAUCCUCGCUACCUGGUGAGUGGCUCUUUUGGGGAAAGAGAGGAUGUGAUACCAGACCCGCUGCAAAAGGAGAAGCUACUAUGGCCCACCUGUCUACCUUCCACUGUGCACAGACAGAUAGAGGCUGUGAGCAGAGAUUCCCUCAUGCUUGGUUCACCACUUAAGAGCAGACAACUUCUUCAUGAUGAAUUUGGAGAAGUAAAGCCAUGUCUUCGAGAACCACGAGACCUCUUUGCCUUCUUCUCCAGCAGCGGGCCACUGCAGGCUCCAAGAUGGCCAAUAGAAUGUGAGGUCAUCAAGGAAAGCCUUUGUCAUAUCGAGUGGGUUCCACCUCAACCAGAAUAUUUCUAUCAACCUACAGGAAAUGAAAAAUUACCAGAAAUUGUAGGAGAAGAAAAAGGCACAGUUGUCUAUCAAUUAGAUUCAGUGCCCACUGAAGGUUCCUAUUUCACCAGUGCCAGAGUGGGAGGCAAGCGAGGGAUUAUCAGGGAGCUUGCCGUCACACUGCAGGGACCCGAGGAUAAUACUCUCCUGUUUGAGUCAAGGUUUGAGAGCGGGAAUCUGCAAAAAGCCGUCAGAGUAGAUACCUAUGAGUAUGAACUCACCUUGCGAACUGACCUCUACACAAACAAACACACUCAGUGGUUUUAUUUUCGGGUUCAAAACACUAGAAAAGAUGUGACCUACCGCUUCACCAUUGUCAACUUGCUAAAACCCAAGAGCCUUUAUACUAUAGGGAUGAAGCCACUCAUGUACUCCCAACUGGAUGCCGACACCCACAACAUUGGCUGGAGGAGAGAAGGAAAGGAAAUCAGGUACUUCAAGAACAACACGGAGGAUGGGCAGCAGCCCUUUUACUGUCUUACGUGGACCAUCCAGUUUCCGCAUGACCAGGACACUUGCUUCUUUGCUCACUUCUACCCAUAUACGUACACUGACUUGCAGUGCUACCUGCUGUCUGUGGCGAAUAACCCGGUCCAGUCUCAGUUCUGCAAACUCCGAACGUUAUGCAGGAGCCUAGCAGGAAAUACCGUCUACCUGCUCACCAUCACCAACCCAUCCCGGACCCCGCAAGAGGCGGCUGCAAAGAAAGCUGUGGUCUUGAGCGCCCGAGUCCACCCUGGAGAAAGUAAUGGCUCGUGGAUCAUGAAGGGCUUUUUGGACUUCAUCCUUAGCAACUCCCCAGAUGCCCAGCUCCUCAGAGAUAUCUUUAUCUUCAAAGUGGUUCCUAUGCUAAAUCCAGAUGGAGUGAUUGUGGGGAAUUACCGGUGUUCGCUGGCAGGAAGGGACUUAAACAGGCAUUAUAAAACCAUUCUGAAGGAGUCCUUCCCUUGCAUCUGGUACACCAGGAACAUGAUCAAAAGACUUCUGGAAGAAAGGGAGGUUCUCUUGUAUUGUGAUUUCCAUGGCCACAGCCGCAAGAAUAAUAUCUUUUUGUACGGCUGUAAUAGCAACGAUCGCAAGUACUGGCUUCACGAGCGCGUCUUUCCUUUAAUGCUAAGCAAAAAUGCACCAGAUAAGUUCUCUUUUCAGAGUUGUAACUUUAAGGUGCAGAAGUGCAAGGAAGGCACAGGCCGAGUCGUGAUGUGGCGCAUGGGGAUCCUCAACAGCUACACCAUGGAGUCCACCUUUGGGGGGUCCACCCUGGGCAAUAAAAGAGAUACUCACUUUACCACUGAGGAUCUAAAGUCUCUAGGUUACCAUGUUUGUGACACCCUUCUGGAUUUCUGUGAUCCUGACCGAACCAAGUUCAUGCAGUGUUUGGCAGAGCUUAAAGAGCUCUUACAACAGGAGAUCCAUAAGAAAUUCAAUGAACUUGGACAAGAUAUGGAUUUAGAAGGAAGUUGGAGUGACAUCUCUCUGUCUGAUAUUGAAUCCAGCACCAGUGGUUCUGACAGUUCCCUCUCGGACGGUCUCCCUCUUCACCUACUGAACAUAGCCCAUGAGGUGAAUCAAAAAAAGAAGAUGUAUAAGAAGAAAAAAAAGAAGCCACUUCAGACAAGGAAACAGCGAAAUGAACAGUAUCAGAAAAAUAAUUUGAUGAGGGAGUUAAAGUUAACAGAAGAUAUCCCGGAAAGGGCAGGGUUUGCUUCUACUCUGCAAAAGCAGCCUACCUUUUUCAGAAACUCAGAGAAUGCCAAUUCUUCCACGAUGCGAAAUGAAAAACCAAGGUUGAAUGAGGUAGUACUACAUGGGAGAGACAAAGGCAGCUCCCUGGACCCAUUGAAAAUGACCUCCUUGAUUCUGAUGAAGAAUAAAGAGAGAAUGCAGACAGAGAAGCCAGGAUUCACAGUGUCGUGCUCUCCAAAGAGAAGCACAAAUCCCAGCCAAGAGCCGGUUCCAGAUAUGAAGCCAAGCUGGUCCAGGAACACAUAUCCUGCCACAAAGAGGGGCUGCGCUGCCAUGACAGUGUACCCAUCCUUGCACAUAUACACAUACCCAUAG